AAUAACCCUUGCUUGCCUGUUUCCACCACUGUUCCUGCUUCCGCCAUUCCUGUUGUCGCUCCGUCCCAACCAUCCCACCCGCACACACUCCACUCUCCCACGAGCUUCCCUGCUCCCCCUCCGCCUCGCACUCGACGUCGUCGCCAUGGCCGCCGUUGCGAACUCCGCCCGCCGCGUGCUGACUGCUGCGGCUUCCGAGGCCAAUGUUGCUGUGCGUCGGUUCCACGCGGCGCCUGCUCGUAGCGCCGCUGCAGGAGGAUCUGGAAAUGAGCCUGCCUACCUUCACGCGUAUCACAUGUACGACAUCCCCUCUAUCAAGAACCGUAAGCUGAAGUUUGGCGUCGCUGUCGUCGGCUCCGUUACCUUCGCUAUAGCCGUCCCGCUCAUCGCGGUCUGGCAUCAGCAGAUCAAGGCCCGCGGCUGAAGUGCCAGUGGAAGUCCACUGACUGAGCUUCUGUGGGAGGGAGAGCCUGCUCUUCUUGAAAGCCAUACCUAAAAUGCACAGGCUGUAGUACGGUAACUGGGUUACUGGGGGUGUUAAAUACGGUAGCAGCUUUGGAUACCUGGGAUUAAGAGUCAGCAGCAGCGGUGUGGAAUAUCAAGAGGGUUACAGUUAGUCACAAUAUGUUGGAAGUCUUUUGCUGAAAAUCCCUGAUUCACUGCCGUUUCAGUGACAAGUACCGUAUGCAACCUUAGUGCACAUGUUCAGUUGAUGUACAUUAUAGAAGGUGCAUAAGUCUGGUGUUGUAUCAGUUCUUUU